UUUUUUUUUAGCCAUUAGUUUUUCUUUAAAAAAAGGAAAUCAAUAACAAAACAGCUAUUACAGUUUGUUGUAAUAUUACUACAACAACAGAAUCUUUACUAUGUCAAAUUGGAUAGAUAAAUUAAAUGAUAAAGUGGCUCACUCUUUUAUUGGAAAGUAUUUCCAAUUAGAGAACUCUGGACAUAGAAGAGAAAGAAAGGGUACCAAGUUUACAACUGAACUUCGAGCGGGUAUCACUAUUUUCUUUGCUAUGGCUUAUAUUAUUUCUGUCAAUGCUUCCAUUAUUUCUUCAAGUGGAGGCACUUGUGUUUGUGUGCCAACUGCCGAUGACCCUGCUUGUGAUAACGAUCCAGAUUAUAUGGCCUGUGUUUAUGAAGUUAAACUCGAGAUGAUUAUGGCUACUUCUAUUAUUGCUAUGAUUUCUAGUAUUAUUCUCGGUGUUGCAUCUAACUUGCCUCUUGGAAUGGCUCCUGGUAUGGGUUUAAAUGCUUAUUUUACAUACACAGUUGUUGGUUAUCAUGGUACAGGAAAAGUCCCUUAUCAAACUGCUGUAGCAGCUGUUUUUUUGGAAGGUAUCAUCUUUUUUGUUUUAUCUUUGUUUGGUGUUCGUCAAUGGCUAGCCCGUGUUAUUCCUAUGAGUAUUAAGGUAGCUAUGGGUUGUGGUAUUGGUCUGUAUCUCUGUUUUAUCGGCCUUCAAUCAUCAGCAGGUAUUGGUUUAGUUUCAUUAGAUAAAUCCACACUUGUUACCUUAGGUGGUUGCCCCCCUUCCGCUUUAAAUGAUGGUGUAUGUGAAUGGGGACGUAUGACAUCACCUACAAUGUAUAUGGGUCUUUUAGGGUUAGUCAUUAUGUCCCUCUUAUUGAUAUAUCGUGUUCGUGGUGCUAUUUUAAUUGGUAUCGUCGUGAUCGCCAUUACCUCUUGGCCACGUAACAGUCCUAUUACUUACUUCCCUUAUACUACAUCUGGUAAUCAAAUGUUUGAUUACUUUAAACAAGUUGUUAGCGUUCAUAGUAUGAAGCAUGUUUUAGGGCAAUUUGAUUUUAGCUUUAAUUCGAAAGAGAUCUGGAUUGCUUUAGUUACUUUCCUCUACGUUGAUAUCUUGGAUACGACAGGUACUAUGUACUCCAUGGCUCGUUAUGGUGGCUUUACAGAUAAGGCUGGUGAUUUUGAACACUCUACUCGUGCUUUCUUAGCUGAUGCCUGUUGUAUUACCGUUGGUUCCUGUUUUGGUAGUUCGUCUUGUACUGCUUUUGUAGAAUCUGGUGCGGGUAUUGCAGAAGGGGGUCGUACUGGUAUUACCGCCAUCACUGUUGCCUUUGGUUUCUUUAUUUCUAUUUUCUUUUCACCCAUCUUUGCUAGUUUCCCUCCAUGGUCUACAGGUCCAGCCUUGAUCUUGGUGGGUUCCAUGAUGACAUCGAGUGUUCGUAAUAUCAAUUGGGAUUAUCCUGGUGAUGCUAUUCCUUCCUUUAUCACUAUGGCAGUUAUGCCAUUCACAUAUUCUAUUGCAUAUGGUGUUAUUGGUGGUAUCUUUGCUUAUAUUAUCAUCAAUGGUUUUAUUUAUAUUGUUGAUAAACUUUCUCGAGGACGUAUUCAUCCUGAUUAUUCUCAACGUGAAGACUGGUGGACAGCUGUGCUGGGUCGCUCAUUUGUACCUUUAUGGAUUCGUUUCUUAAUUGCUAAAGCUCGUGGUAGAGACUUUGAUUGGCAUCAAGAUGAUUUUGAAUUUGAUGAUGAUGAUGUUGCUCAACCUGCUGCUGUUCAAGAACAGAGAGCUAAAGAAAUUGGAAGUGAAAGUCCUACUGUUAUUGUGAAUAGUUCGAUUCAUGAAAAUUCCUCAGACACUGGUUUAGAAACUGUAGAUUCCAUAGCUUAUGAAAAGCGAUAAUAAUGAUAAUCAUAGUUAUUAUUAUAUGUAUUUAUAAAAUCCCUUGUAUAAAAUAAAAGACAAAUAAACAAUAUAAAUAAAUAAUAGAA